GAAGCAUUAUAACAUAGAGCAAGUUUCCUCCGAUAUCAACGCAGUUUAUAACGCAGUCAAAAACGGUUUCCUGGUGCCCGGUCCACUUAGGACAGCCAUGUCACGUAAGAGCGACUUUUGAAAGUUCGCGUUAUGGUCCCGCAUGAGCCUCAACGUUCCGCCUCAGCAACAGCAGUCAAACACGCUCAGUCUAUGAGCGACCUUCAUGGCUCUCAGAAGUACUCCCCACGACCAAAGAGGCGAAGCAAUGUUCUGCUCAAGGACUUUUUCUCAGUUGACUCGUUGUCAGAAGAGGAACUACGUGCCAAGCUUAGGGAAGCUUUGACGGCUCUGAGGGAGAGGGAGCGAGAUCUGCAGCUGGCUGCAGAAAUCGGGCAGCAACUGGUGGCAACGAACAACAACCUGAUGACAGAGUACCACGACUUCAUGACCAAAGGGAAAUUGGAGAGAAAACUGUCAAGCGGCGCCUUGCCGACCCCCAAAGGCCGCUUAUCGAGCCGAAAGUCGAGAGCCGCGCUCAAAACCGUGCAACUGAACUCGAUCAGAAUCCGCGAAACCAUCGUAGAGUGCUCGCCAGUGAGGAGGCCGUCUAUCCACGAAGUGUUCGACGAGCGGGGCGGCCAUGAUCCUUACGUUGCAUCGCUCGAGAAGGCGAACGCGGACCUGCAGUCCUGCUUGGAAGCGUCUGAAGCUGAGCUGCGCGAUACCGAGCGCAUGCACAGACAAGUGGUGUCACAUUUGCGACGGCGGAAUGAGGCGUUAGAGGAUCAGCUUCGCGCUACGUUGCAAGAUUUGCGGAACGUUGAAGCCACCAACGCCGAAGCAAUGUGCACGUUGGAGCGAGACCUCGAUCAACUCCGUCAGGAUCUUCAGAUCACUGAGCAGACGGCGGCCGAACUGGAGGUUGACCGUCAGAGACUGUUGCACGAGAAGCGAACAAUCCGCCGAGACUCGGAAGACAUGGAGAAGAGCGACGAGCUCAUUAUUGCAGACCUCCAGAACCACAUCUAUGAACUCGAAGCCGAAAUCACCAAGUUGUUGGCAGCCAAAGACAAGGCAGAGUCACGAAGUCAGGUCCAGAAGGAGGAGCUGGCAAAAUUGACCGAUCACGUCAAAGCCCUUCAACUGGAGUUUGAAUCAAGCGAGGAUUGGCACGAUGAAUGCGAAAGACAGCGGAAGAUCAUCGAAGAGUUGACGGAGCAGCUAGAAGACAUGAGAACUGCUACGUCGGAGGAGAAAGCGGAGUCACUGCUCGCGCGGACGAGCAGCGAGAAUACCCUUGAAGAAUGCCUUCUGCCUUCCGGAUAUUUCGAUACGGACGAAGACGAGACUAUUACGGGUGACGAAGACGACGCAGAGGCGGAUCAUUCGCGGGAAUGGGAUUGGAGCCACUGGACUUAUCGAACACGGGUCCAUCUGUGGGAAAUGGAUAUUCAGGGAAUCAAAGAGGAGAUCAAAGACUUGCGACAGAACUCGGACGUCGUUUAUCUGAGGCUACGCUCGAAGAUUCAUACCUGUACCACUCAAGUGGUAAACUUCACACCUCGACCCAUCGCAUCUCUCGCGAACAUGGCCACCAACGUGAUCGUCGCUGUGGUUCCCGGACGCGUGUUCAAGACAGCCACCGCAGUGGCCAAAGGCGUGCAGAACGAACUUGAACGCCGGAUCCUGGGUGUACUCUUUGAACAUAGCUUCCGAUUUUGGUUUAGUCUAGCGCACCUCUUAUACUUUAUACCCACCCGAUGCUACAGCAUACUUAUUUCCCAAGUUUAGGUUGAAUAGAUCGGACUUUUGGUCUGCUACAGCAUCGUUAUCAAUGGUACUAUCGGGUCCAACAUACGCCGUAUAACCUGCUCAUCUACAGCUUGGAAGCAGCCUUGAUAGCCUCCUCCCCAUGAACGAGCACACACGGCCCACCCGAAAUGACAUUCAACCCCUUCUCCCUGCCCAGCGCGAGUGCUUCCUCCGACUCGGCCCCCGGCUGAAGCCACACGUUCUUGAUACCCAGAUCGGCGGCUUCCUGGAUGAUGUUCUUGGUUAUCUUCGGGGGCGUAAUGA